UCUCUUAUUUUCUCUCUCUACUUUUCUCCUGUUUCUCUCUCUACUUGCUACAAUUACUUCGUAACAAAGUAGUAGACUCCAACAAAACAACCAAACAUUCACAUUUUGCUCUACCCAAAAUUUUCGCCGAUCAUCGUCAACGUCUAUUUUUUCCGGUUUAAACCCUGAUUUCGAUUUCAUAUCCCUCUUCUCUCUCCUCUUUCAUUCAAUUCUUAAUCUUUGUCGAGAUUCAAUUUUGCUUUGCUGGAAAAAGGGACGAUUUUUUUUCUGAUCCAAAAUAUUAGGGGUUUGAUUUUGUAUAAUUCGUGUUUUUUUGUGAAUUUUUUGAUCUUUGGAGUUUUUCGAGGUUUUUUUUUUUUUUUUGGAUUUGUGGGUUUCGCGCUUCAUUGUACGGCUUUGUUUGUAACGACUUGAUGGCGGAUGCAAAUCUCAGCAUAAGGAAAUAAACUGUGCUGUGAAUCUGUGAUCAUAUCUUCUUGAUGAUUUUUUAAAGUAAUCACCAUUGUACUGCAGGAGAUAAGCUUUUUGAAGAAGACAACAUGAUGAAUCAGCCACUUUCGCCCAAAGAUGAAAGGAACGUUUCUACCAAUCCUUCUGCGGAUGCAGCCAUCACAGGGCCUUCAAGAAAUGCCAGUGAUCCUCCAAGGGCUUCAGAUGCUGCUGUAGAUAAUAAUACAAGCUACCCACCAAACAACUAUGGAUCUCUUGAACAAACUUACUUUUAUGGAGGAUAUGACAGUGGUGCUGGCAGUUGGAGUGGAUAUACGCAGUAUGCUGGUGAGGGCUUGCAUGUUGUACCUCCGGUCAUUUAUGGUGAUAAUUCAUCUCUUGGAUUGCACUCUCCUUAUGGCUUCAAUUCCCAGAUGGCAUAUGGACAGUACUCACCUGCCAGUACGCCUGUGCCUCAGAUAAUGGUUGAUAAUCAGCUUUAUUCACCACAACAAAUUCCUGUUUCUCCACAAUAUUAUCCCCAGCAAGUUGGCAGCUCGAUGCCGCAUAUGUCAGCACCAAUCCCAGUUUCUCAUGCUGAGAUGGUUAAUCAAAAAGGACACAUGUCCAUGAAUGCUCUGCAUAACCAUGGUUAUUACAACUUGCAUGGGAUGUUUGGAUCUGGUGAACCUUUGUCAAGUCCUUCAAAUUCCACAGAUGUUGGUUGGAGAACCUUGAAUUCAACUGCGUACUCUCAGCCAGUUGCUACUCUUGGCUCGUUUGACCCUACAGUUGGACAGAUGGCUCAACAGAGACCAUAUCCUGGCUAUGGAUUGGUAUCAGAUUAUGUUGGUGGACCAUAUCACUAUGAUGGUUCGUUUCAGAACUCAAAUUACAGUGCCAUACCUAACUCUCAAUCAGGAUUUAGUAAUCGGAAUCGUUAUAGCUUUGAGAAGGCACGGAAUCAAAGGGAGCAGGAUUCAAUGUUUGCUAUCUCAGGUGAUCGCAAUAGAGGACCAAGGGCAUCAAAGGGAAAAGGAAAGGGGACUGCUGGAAAUGGCUCAUUGCCUGGUGCUGAUGCUGCUCCAGAAAAUAACUCAUUGGCUGGCAUUGCUGAUAGUGGUGCUUCUGCUUCUGGAGUGAAUCUCGCUUCUUACAAUAGUGCAGAUUUUCCAACAGAGUAUGAGAAUGCAAAAUUCUUUAUAAUUAAGUCUUUUAGUGAAGACAAUAUCCAUAGAAGCAUUAAAUAUGGAGUUUGGGCAAGUACGCCUCAUGGCAAUAGAAAGUUAGACGCUGCUUAUCAGGAAGCAAAGGAGAAAAGCAACUGUCCUAUUUUCCUUUUGUUUUCGGUUAAUGCCAGUAGCCAAUUUUGUGGAGUAGCAGAAAUGAACGGACAAGUGGAUUUCGAGAAAAAUGCAGAUUACUGGCAGCAAGAUAGAUGGACUGGGCAGUUUGCAGUUCGUUGGCAUAUAAUUAAGGACAUACCUAAUAGCAAAUUUCGGCACAUUUUGCUAGAAAAUAAUGAUAACAAGCCUGUUACACAUAGCCGAGACUCUCAGGAGGUGAAACUUGAACAAGGCAUUGAGAUGCUGAAAAUUUUCAAGGAAUAUGAUGCCCAAACAUCCAUUCUUGAUGAUUUUGAAUUUUAUGAUGAACGGGAGAAGGUAUUGCAGGAAAGGAAGAAUCGACAGCAAGUUAAAUUGAAGCCCAGUGUUUCUGAAUCUCUUCCUGAUGUGGUUUUGAAUAAUAUAUCUGACAAAUUAGAUCAAGCUCUCCAUUUAGAUGAGAAUUGUAAAGAUGUAGUGACAACUGAGAAGAGCGGCAGCAUCCAGCAAAGCAGUAAGGUGUAGUUAGUUGUGCGCAUCAGCACCUGUCAUGUUCUCUGAAUACUGAUUUUAGGCCCUUUUUCAUGUUAUACCCCGAAAUGUCUUCUUCUCAGAAAGGUUAAAAGAUCCUUUUCGUCAUUGUCUGGGAGACAUGGAUUCCUCAUGCUGGAUUCCUUUCGUUACUUCCUUUUUUUCACCUCUUUCCUCCCAUCUUUUUGACUUUUAAAUCCUUUCAUAUUGAAUGUACAUGAGCCAGGCUGUUCAGGUAUCUGCUGUGGUUGUGGCAGGAGUGUUGUACGACAUGCCUGGCUCUUUUUCAAGGUGUAAUUUUAGUCCCAUACUAAAAAAAAAAGCUGUUUCGAUUUUGUUUCCCCCCUUUUCUUUAAAAUAUAAUUUUCAUUCUGUUACUCUUUCUACUAAGUGGAUUUCACAGCUUAGGUCAACAUUUCCCUUUAAUAGUGAGUUACUUUAAGAAUUUAUGUAAUUGCCCAGUAUUUUUUUUGGGAGUCAAAUUAAUAAAACAUUUCUGCAAGAGCAUUGAAUGGUUUAUACUUCA